UUUUUUUCACUCUAUACUUUUGUCAAUAGGUCAUGUUUAGAGCGCUUGCUAGAACUGCUCCGAUGGUUAGAACAGCCAUUUCCAUGAGAUACUUUGCAUCUCAGGAAAGACUUGGAUUUUACUCUUCAUUUAUAGACAUUCCUUCCCGUUGAAGAGGUUACAUCGCGGAUGUUAGAUGUUGUGAAGAAAUUCGAUGCGGUUGACGCAACUCGUGUCACUCCAACUGCUCAUUUCCAGAAUGAUUUAAAGCUAGAUUCGCUUAAUGUGGUGGAGUUGAUCAUGGCGAUUGAAGAUGAGUUUGCUCUUGAAAUUGCAGAUGACGUCGCCGAAAAGAUUCACACUGUCGGAGAUGCUAUCAAGUUUGUGAGCGAACACCCUUUCUCCAAGUAAUUUCCUUCAAUAGGAACUGAUGUUUAUUAUAAUGGCAAUCG